AUGUUGGGCACGGUGCCCAUGCGGGUGGAUGUGGAGGUGGGAGAGGGACCCUUAAAGCUCAGCUACGGCCCGGAGUUGGAGCCGCCCAAGGACCUUCUAGUGCAGCUCAACUCUGCCAAGCACAAAGACCUCACCUUCUCCGAUCGGGUCGUGCCGGCCGGGUGCCACAAUCGGGAUGGCCUGGUGUGGCUUUGCGCUGCGAAGAACGGCGGGAACGAGCCGGCUUUGUACAUCAAAGAGCUGUCCUUAAACCAUUGGACCCUCCGCUUCAUGAUGCGCUCGAAGCAUAACCAGGCCAAGACCGCCUCUGGCAUUGGCUUUAAGGAGGCCUCGGGCCGGAUCUCGUGGCUUCUGACAGACGUGUCCGACAGUAAGCCGAAGAUGAUCCUGGAGAAGGGUAUAUGGGCGGGGGGGGCCCGGGACCUUGGCUUCGAGCAAAUGGAGGCGAAAGUUUGGCACCAGUUUGAGAUCAUGAGGGCGCACGGCUAUGUGAGUGUGUACAUGGAUGGAAAUAUGAUUUUCCGGCGAGGAGGGGAGGGAUGGAAAUUUGAGCAGGUUGUCAUCCGGUCCUGGCGGAAUGAAGUCACCGUUGCGCAAAUCAGUCAGACAAGCGAGUUCUCCUCUUUGACGGUCAUGAAUACCUUGCACCCCAAGAAUGGAAACGGUGGACGGUAUUUCAACUUCAAUAUGGAUGAGCUGAACCUGAAGGCCAACAAGGUCUACCAGCGGUACAUAUGGCAGUGCCGCAAGAAGACGUGUGAUUCUGGUAGUGGUUAUUGCUGGAAGAUGGAGUGGGAGGGGACGGUCAUCAUCUGGACCAAGCUCGGCCAGGGCGGAGCUGAUAGUUCCGGCCGCAGGAACAAUGGAAAUGACAAAGGCAGGCACGGCAACUUUGAGCCGGGCGACGUCCUCACAACGGACCUCAGUUGCAACAUUUAA